UUCUCAGUAUAAAUUUAGUUCUCAGUUCAUACGCUGCAAUUGUUUUUUGUUUUUUAAUUGAAAUAAUUUUAUUUCAUGCAUAAGUUGUUGAUUGUAGAAAAUGCCACAACACAAAGAUAAACCACACUAUGGGAAGCGCAGUACAGCGGCUCCAGCUGAGCAGCAACAUCAUCGUGCAAGGCAGAUGAGGCGGCAGACAGUGGAAGAUCAGCGGUUGGAUCCUCGUGCUGACCAUAACCCACAGAGAAGGAUGCCGGGGGACAACCGUAAGCAAAGCAACAUUCCUCAACGUAGCAUCGAAAGCACGUCCGAAGACACUUCGGAUAACCGAAAAAGCGGCCUGCCACAACCCAGUGCAUACCUGCAACGCGGUACAAGUUCGACACUCUUUUGUAGUAGUUCAUCAUCGAUAAUGCGAUGGCGGGCCAAUCUCAACGUGAACAACUGGCACAAUCGACAACCAAGGCUAAGGGCCUACAAUCUGCCCACACGACAACAGGUUCGAGUUCGCAUGCCACCCGCUGCCGAACCGGCAGAAACAAGUCAGCAGGAAGCAGGAUGCCAGCUCAGAGCUUUAAAACUAAGUACUAUGGCAGUCCAGGAACCAGAGCCAGCAGCAGUACAAGAAGCAGAAGCACAGCCAGAACCACCAAAGAAGCCACCUCAGGCGCCAGCUAAAUUGGUGACUGCGCGAAAUCGACAACCCGAGACAGCAACCGUUCGAUCCGUGGAGCGUUCGGCGCAAGCAGAGGCAGAGGUUCGUCAGCGAUCAGCACAAGCAGAGGCAAAGCUGGGUCGGCGUUUGGCGCAAGCGGGGGAAGCUGUUGGUCAGCGUUCGGCUCAAGCGGCGGCAGAGGUUCGUCAGCAUUGGGCUCAAGCGGCGGCAGAGGUUCGACAGCGUUUUGCAGAAGCGGUGGAAGGCGUUGCUCAGCGUUCGGCACAAGCAGAGGCAAUCGCUAGACAGCGACAACAACCCGAUCGUCCCAACCUACCACAAGGUCGUGUCCCAGCUGGAUAUCAUCUAGCAAGUUGCCCGCAUUUUCGGGGUAAUAGGCUGAUCUGUCCCUGUGGCGCCGAAGUGGCUACAAAUGUGCGACCGAACACGCCCGCCCGAACCCUUAGAUGCAACCCCUUGCAGCGAUUACUUGGGUGUGGACAGUUUUUGAGUUCUACUGUCGUGUACAUUUGCAUGGCCAUAUUGAGUGGCUUUCUCAUUGUCCACAUUGGCCUCAUCAUGUUAAGCCAACCUGUGGAGGUAAAACACAAAGGGCGCUGGUUUCCGUUCUGCAAGUAAGCUCCGCACUUGAGAA